AGCUAUUUUUCUACUCGCAACUGGAAUAUAUACUCCUUAUUUUCAACAUUAUAUCCACUCUCCUAAUCAAAAAAAACUGUGAAGCAACCUUAGCAACGCAAAUGAUCCGUUUGGUAUAUGAUGGACUCACACCCCAUGAAAACCCUUGGUUAAAAGUUCUGGCGCGUAUCGUUUCAAGCAUUAACUCCCGGAAAGAAUUGGACAUGUUGGGACCCACGGCUAUUACCCCCAUCCAGAUCGAUCAGUUCUCCCCAUUCUUUUAUUACCCCUGUUGCAAGCUUGGCCCAACUGCAUUGAUCCAAGCAUAAAUGGGAAGCCUGUUCUCUCCAAUCCCUUCAGCAAACAAAGCAGUCCCAGGAAGUGCAGCAUCCAGGAGAGACAAAAGGGAAAAAAUGCAGCUCACCUCUUCAAGAGCUUCUCAUUUGGCCCUGCCCAUUCUUAUCCAUCUCUCCCAACUUCUCCUAACACUAUCCCAGAGUACCAACCAAACCACCCCUUUGGUGCCCGCUGUGAUUGUGUUUGGAGACUCCAUUGUCGACCCGGGAAACAACAAUGCCAUCAAGACCGUCGUCAAGUGCAACUUCCCACCCUACGGCGUGGACUUCAUUGGCCACAAGCCCACUGGAAGGUUCAGCAAUGGAAAGAUACCAACUGAUUUCAUCGCUUCUAAACUUGGAGUCAAGGAGCUGCUGCCGGCUUAUCUUGGCACCACCUUGGGACCAGAAGACCUUCUCACCGGUGUUAGCUUUGCUUCGGGUGGGACGGGAUUUGACCCCCUCACAUCCAGAGUAGCGUCAGUGCUUUCAAUGGCGGAGCAGUUAGAGCUGUUCCAAGAAUACAAGGAGAAGGUGAGAGCCAUUGCAGGGGCGAAGAGAGCAGAUGAGAUUUUGUCCAAGGCUCUCUACCUGGUGUGUGCGGGGAGUGAUGAUAUUGCCAACACGUAUUUUACCACACCUUUUAGGAGGACACAUUAUGAUAUUUCUUCGUACUCCAAUUUACUGCUGCACUCAGCUUCCAAUUUUCUUCAGGAACUCAUCCACCUUGGAGCACGAAAGAUUGGCGUUGCGGGUAUCCCUCCAAUAGGGUGCGUACCAUCACAAAGGACUCUAUCCGGAGGGAUUUUAAGACAUUGUGCACCUGGUCAUAACCAAAUGGCAGAACUUUUCAAUUCAGGGCUAACCAAGGAGAUCCGAAGGCUUGGUGACAAGCAUCGAGUAAAAGUGGUCUAUAUCGACAUCUAUACUAUUUUACUUGACAUGAUUCAGCGUCCUAACAACUAUGGAUUUGAGGUUUCGACAAAAGGCUGUUGUGGUACGGGAGAUUUGGAGGUUUCAGUAUUAUGUAAUGGAUUGACCUCAACCAUCUGCACAGAUGUUUCUCAAUAUGUGUUCUGGGAUAGCUACCAUCCAACUGAGAGAGCAUAUAAGGUCCUUGUGGAUUGGCUUUACCAAAAUUAUAUUAGUUACUUAGUCUAAGAAGCAAAUAUGUCCAUAGGAUAUUAUUUCAGUUGGGAGAGUGAUGAAGGACUUAUUUUUUGAGAGAUGAUGUGGGACUUGUAUGUCUCAGCAUGUAUUGGUUCUUCCCUUGUCAUGCAGACAUGCUUUGUUUUGUGGCAGUUGUUUGAUGCAUA